AUAGCCAGAGGCCAUAUUAAUGGUUCCCACAAGGAAGACCUUGCAAAUUGCUAUAAAUCAUCUCUGAAACUGGUGAAAGAAAAUAACAUCCGAUCAGUUGCAUUUCCCUGUAUCUCAACAGGCAUUUAUGGUUUUCCAAACGAGCCUGCUGCAGUCAUCGCCCUUAGCACCAUUAAGGAAUGGCUGGCCAAGAAUCAGCACGAGGUGGAUCGGAUCAUCUUCUGUGUCUUCCUAGAAGUCGACUUCAAAAUCUACAAAAAGAAAAUGGGCGAGUUUUUCCCGGCAGAUGAUAAUAAUGAAGAAGAAGAUGCUGACAUGAAAGAAGAUUCAGAGGGGUUAGAGCCAAAAGACCACUCUCCACCCCAUAAGAAGAGCAAAGCAAAGAAGCCAGAAGGCUCCAAAGACUCCAGUGAGGAUGAGAAUGGUCCAGAGGAAAAGCCAAGUGCGGAAGAAAUAGAAGAGCAGAGCCAAGAAGCAGACGGUACCAGCACUGCUUCGGCGCCCAGCCCUUCUUCAGAGGAAGCAGUUGAAGUCUGUAAAGAUGAAGAUUCUGCAGAGGAUGAUAAUAUAACAAAAGACAGUGAAGCAACAGAUCAUUCUGUGUGUGACCAAGAGCAUCCCAGUGGGCAAGAGAACGAUUCAACGAAGAAUGAAGUAAAAAUUGAGGCAGAGUCGCAGAGUUCAUAUAUGGAAACAGAAGAGCUUUCAUCAAACCAAGAAGAUGCCAUGAUUGUGGAGCACCCAGAAGUGACCCCACUGACAGACGACCAAGAAAAAAGCGAAGAUGAAAAAGCUCAAGGCGGGAACACACCCAGAGAUCCUGUGAAAAGCGAAGGCUCUGGUGACACAGAGAGCUCCACAAGUCCUGAUGUUGACAUGAAUUGUCAGGUUGACAGUGUAAAUGACCCAACAGAGAGUCAGCAAGAAGAUUAACUAAGG